AUGGCUUUUCUUGGACUCUUCUCUUUGCUGGUUCUGCAAAGUUUGGCCUUAGGGACCACUUUCACUGAUGAAACCAUUGCUGAGUUGUCAGUGAAUAUGUAUAACCAUCUUCGAGCCACUGGGGAGGAUGAAAAUAUUCUCUUUUCUCCACUGAGUGUCACCCUUGCAAUGGGAAUGUUGGAACUUGGAGCCCAGGGGUCUACCCUGAAAGAAAUCCGUCACUCAAUGGGAUAUGACAGCCUGAAAAAUGGUGAAGAAUUUUCCUUCUUGAAGGAUCUUUCUCACAUGGUAACUGCUGAAGAGAGCCAGUAUGUGAUGAAAAUUGCCAAUUCCCUCUUUGUGCAAAAUGGAUUUCAUAUCAGUGAAGAGUUUUUGCAAAUGAUAAAAAAGUAUUUUAAUGCAGAAAUCAAUCACGUGGACUUCAGUCAAAAUGUAGCUGUGGCCAACUAUAUCAAUAAGUGGGUGGAGAAUAACACAAACAGUCUGUUGAAAGAUUUGGUAUCCCCAAGGGAUUUUGACGCUGUCACUCAUCUGGCCCUCAUCAAUGCUGUCUAUUUCAAGGGGAGCUGGAAGUCACAAUUCAGACCUGAAAAUACCAGAACUUUUUCCUUCACUAAAGAUGAUGAAAGUGAAGUCCAAAUUCCAAUGAUGUACCAACAAGGAGAAUUUUAUUAUGGGGAAUUUAGUGAUGGCUCCAAUGAAGCUGGUGGCAUCUACCAAGUCCUGGAAAUACCAUAUGAGGGAGAUGUGAUAAGUAUGAUGCUGGUAUUGUCCAGACAGGAAGUUCCACUGGCCACACUGGAGCCAUUGGUUAAAGCACAGCUGAUUGAAGAGUGGGCAAACUCUGUGAAGAAGCAAAAGGUGGAAGUGUACCUGCCCAGGUUCACAGUGGAACAGGAAAUUGAUUUAAAAGAUGUUUUGAAGGCUCUUGGAGUAACCGAAGUUUUCAUCAAAAAUGCAAAUCUGACAGCCUUGUCUGAUAACAAAGAGAUUUUCCUUUCCAAAGCAAUUCACAAGUGCUUCAUAGAGGUCAAUGAAGAAGGCUCAGAAGCUGCUGCUGCCUCAGGAAUGAUUGCAAUUAGCAGGAUGGCUGUGCUGUAUCCUCAAGUUAUUGUCGACCAUCCAUUUUUCUUUCUUAUCAGGAACCGGAGAACAGGUACAAUCCUAUUCAUGGGACGAGUCAUGCAUCCUGAAACCAUGAACGCCAGUGGACAUGAUUUUGAGGAACUUUAAAUCAUUUUAUUUGAGUAACAAAUAAAACAGUAACUCAGCACAUUAUGUUUGCAACUGGUAUAUAUUCGAGACUUGUGUUUU